UGAGAGUGGGGUUUAGUCACUUGCUUUAUAGGAUUUCACUAUUCAGACUCUCUCCUCCUCGCCCUGAAAUUUUCACAACCGCAAACCAUUCUCUUUUGCCAGAUUUAAGCUGCAUUCAACUAAGUUCUGGUGCGCCAUUUUCAGCGGAUAUUUUCUUAUCAACUUGAAGCUGAUGAUAUAAGAGUUAGCUAUUUCCUCUGCCCAAGUUCUAUCGUAUUGCCGGGAGCUCUGAUCAGCUGGCUCAUUCUGGGGUCUGCAUUGUUUUACAUGCCAGUUGAUUUUACAGAAGCACUUAAGAGAAUUUAUCAUGGUUCUCACCCGUAGUAUAUGUGUACCAUCAUUGUCACAAAUAUGAUUGAACAAUUCAUCAAUUUUGUAAUUCGACCUCCCAGGGCCGUGUAUGAUCCAGAUCAGUACUUAUGGGAGAAGGAUUUUACACUUGCUGGCAGAGCAUACAAAAGAGAGGAUUUGGAGGCAACUUCAAAAUGGAAGAGGCCAGACCUUGAAGUGUAGUCAUUAUGUCCCAUCUCUUCUCCCAGAAGAUUUUGCUCUUCCGUGUGUUGUAUACUGUCACGGAAACAGCGGAUGUCGGGCAGAUGCAAAUGAGGCUGCUGUAAUACUUCUUCCAGCAAAUAUUACUGUCUUUACCCUGGACUUCUCUGGAUCUGGCUUAUCUGAUGGUAAUUAUGUUAGCCUGGGAUGGCAUGAGAAAGAUGACCUCAGAGUUGUCGUCUCUUAUUUAAGAAGUAACAAGCGCGUGUCGCAAAUUGGUCUUUGGGGACGAUCUAUGGGUGCCAUUACAAGCCUUCUUUAUGGAUCAGAGGACCCUUCAAUCUCUGGGAUGGUUUUAGAUAGUGCUUUCUCUAAUUUAUUUGAUCUUAUGAUGGAACUUGUUGAUGUUUACAAGAUUCGGCUCCCAAAAUUCACUGUGAAGAUGGCUGUGCAGUACAUGCGGCGGGUGAUUAAAAGGAGGGCAAAGUUUGAUAUCAAAGACCUCAAUUCUUUGCAGGUUGCAAGCCAAACAUUCAUCCCUGUCUUAUUUGGACAUGCUAAUGGGGAUAAAUUUAUUCAACCACACCACUCUGAUGUCAUCUUUAAAUUGUAUGCGGGUGAUAAAAACAUCAUAAAAUUUGAUGGUGAUCAUAACUCUUCUAGGCCACAGUUCUACUAUGACUCAGUUUCCAUAUUCUUCUAUGAUGCCCUACAUCCUCCACAAGUUUCAUCUGUUUGGUCCAAUAAGAUUCAGGAAUAUCAUAGUCUGAAGGAUCUGAGAGUUGAUGCUGGUAUGGAUGAGAAGCUGCUGUAUGAGAUAAUAUCUAAUCUUCAUAUUGCGAGUACUGAUGCUGCAAGCUCAUCUUCUGCUCCGCCGAGCUUUUCAACUGCUAAGUCUGUCGGAGAUUUUCUCUCUGAAAUCGUACCAGUCUUGGGCACAAGUGACUUGAUGUCUAAUGAAGACAUAUGUGCUGCUGAUGGGUAUUUCCAGGAUAAAAUAAGUGGAUCAUUUGAAGAAUGCUGCUCGCAUGCUAGCUCUAACAAGGAGAGUUUAGGAAGAUGUUCAUCUUUAGAAGGCUAUGAUUACAUAGAGUAUGUUGAUCCAAGUAACAGCCAUCAGAUGAGCCCCAAUGUGUCGAGUACCUGCACCGCGCAAGACGUAGGCAGAUCACCCAAAGACAAUGAGAAAAAGGUCCCUCUAGGGAAGUCGGAAAAACUUGGGACCUUGAGUCAACUUUUGCGCUUUUGCAUUCUAAAGAGAGCUAAUCAUCGUAACUCCUGUUGAUGAGUGUACAUGCUCACACGAAUUGAAAUUUGUUCUAUUGUACAACAUCUGAUCUUUCUAACUGCAGAAUUAUUUAUGUACUAUGACGAGUCUUAACAAAAAAAAAAAGUCAACAUGAUAGUUAGAAACGUUAUGUUUGGAUAUGUAUUAUUCACUAAUCAUUCUUGUGGAUAGGAUUAGCAAAACUUUCCAAUUUCGUUAAUCUGAUCCAAUGGUGCAUUGAUUCGAA